AUGGGAACUCACAUCAAUUUCAACAACUUAGGUGGUGGUGGUCCUCCUGGAGGGGAAGGGAGUAACCAGAUGAAGCCAACUGGUAGUGGCAUGCCCUUGGCGAGGCAGUCCUCGGUCUAUUCGCUAACAUUUGAUGAGCUACAGAGCACACUAGGUGGACCCGGAAAAGAUUUCGGGUCGAUGAACAUGGACGAACUCCUGAAGAGCAUAUGGACUGCUGAGGAAGCUCAGGCCAUGACCAUGACUUCUUCAGCUGCUACAGCGGUAGCACAACCCGGUGCUGGUAUCUCCGGUGGGAAUCUCCAGAGGCAAGGCUCGUUGACAUUGCCUAGAACGAUUAGUCAGAAGACUGUUGAUGAGGUGUGGAAAUGUUUGAUCACCAAGGACAGUAAUAAUGGUAUUAUGGGAGGUAGCAGCGGAGGAGGCGAUGAGUCGACUGCGCCUCCUGGGAGGCAACAGACUUUAGGGGAAAUGACACUUGAGGAGUUUCUGUUCCGUGCUGGAGUUGUAAGAGAAGAUAACAGUACUCAGCAGAUGGGUCAGGUCAACGGCAGCAAUAACAAUGGGUUUUAUGGUAACAACGGCGCUACUGGUGGCUUAGGUUUUGGGUUUGGUCAGCCAAGUCAAAACAACAUAUCAUUCAAUGGUAAUAAUGAUUCUAUGAUCUUGAAUCAGCCACCUGGUUUAGGCCUCAAAAUGGCAAACGUAGCAUUUACUGCGCCUGUGAGUAUGGUCAACAAGAGUUUUGCCGGGACUGCAAAUAAUUCCAUCAACAAUAAUAAUGGAUUAGCUAGUUACGGAGGAACAGGGGUCACUAUUGCAGCAACUUCUCCAGGGACAAGCAGCGCGGAAAAUAAUUCCUUGUCACCAGUUCCAUAUGUGCUUAAUCGAGGAAGAAGAAGCAAUACGGGUCUAGAGAAGGUUAUCGAGAGGAGGCAAAGGAGAAUGAUCAAGAACCGGGAAUCAGCUGCUAGAUCAAGAGCUAGAAAGCAGGCUUAUACCUUGGAACUGGAAGCCGAAAUUGAAAAGCUCAAGAAAGUGAACCAAGAAUUGCAGAGAAAACAGAAUUUACGAGUUGGUUCUGAAACUGAGCUUCCCCUAUGUUGCAGGCAGAAAUUAUGGAAACACAAAAGAAUGAGCUCAAGGAAUCAUCAAAGCGACCGUGGGGCAGUAAAAGGCCAUGCUUGA